CAAGAUCUAAAGAAAAAUGAUAAAUAAAGAAGGAAAUGGUUGGGUGAGGCGGCGAAAAUAGCGAUUCAUACUGGGCAACCUUGUAUAUAAAGAGGUCCUCCAAAGUCGGAAAAAUUGCUCGCAACCAAUUUUCGACGUCAACAGAGAGGGAGAAGCGCUGACAGUUCCUUCAACAACCUGCUGUAGCCGUGGAAUGCAGCAAAGAGGAAGACUAAACAACCGAAGAUCCAGGAGCUUUUCUAGAUCCCGCCUCGCCGUUGAGGGUUCAUAGGCUUGCCUUGCUUAAAUUCCUCCUCCACUCCUCAUUCGCACUCUUUCAAUCUCGCUUCUAAUCGACAUCAAUGGCUUCUGUUAACAAUGGCGGACAAGAGCGCGAGGUGCAGAAGAACUACUGGAUCGAGCACACUGCGGAUUUGACUGUGGAGGCCAUGAUGCUUGACUCUCAAGCCUCUAAUCUUGACAAAGAAGAGCGACCUGAAGUACUUUCCUUGCUUCCUCAUUAUGAUGGCAAAGCUGUCUUGGAACUUGGAGCUGGAAUUGGCCGUUUUACUGGCGAAUUAGCCCUGAAAGCUGGCCAUGUUAUUGCUCUAGAUUUCAUAGAGACUGCUAUAAAGAAGAAUGAAAGCAUCAACGGCCACCACAAGAACGUCAAGUUCUUAUGUGCCGACGUGACAUCUCCAGAGCUUAGCAUUUCUGAUGAGUCUAUUGAUUUGAUAUUCUCAAAUUGGCUGCUCAUGUACUUAUCUGAUAAAGAGGUGGAGAAUUUGGCUGCAAGGAUAAUUAAAUGGUUGAAGGUUGGUGGAUAUAUAUUCUUCAGAGAGUCGUGUUUUCAUCAGUCUGGAGACUCUAAGCGCAAAUACAACCCAACACAUUAUAGGGAACCCAGAUUUUAUACAAAGAUUUUUAAGGAAUGCCAAAUGCGUGAUGAGUGUGGAAACUCCUAUGAAUUAUCCCUUGUAAGCAGCAAAUGUAUAGGGGCGUACGUACGAACUAAGAAGAACCAAAACCAGAUUUGCUGGAUAUGGCAGAAAGUCUUUUCACAGGAAGACAAAGGAUUCCAGAGGUUUUUAGAUAAUGUUCAAUAUAAAUGUAAUGGAAUACUGCGCUACGAGCGUGUAUUUGGUCAAGGUUUUGUAAGUACAGGAGGAAUUGAGACCACCAAAGAAUUUGUUUCAAAGCUAGAAUUGAAGCCUGGUCAAAAAGUCCUAGAUGUUGGUUGUGGCAUUGGGGGAGGUGACUUUUAUAUGGCAGAGAACUUCGAUGUCGAGGUUGUUGGAAUUGAUCUCUCCAUCAAUAUGAUCUCUUUUGGUCUUGAGCGAGCCAUUGGACGCAAAUGCCCAGUUGAAUUUGAGGUUGCUGAUUGUACCACAAAAACCUAUCCUGAUAAUACUUUUGACGUGAUAUACAGCCGGGAUACAAUCUUACACAUUCAAGAUAAACCUGCGCUGUUUAAAACUUUUUACAAGUGGUUGAAGCCAGGAGGUAAGGUUCUCAUCAGUGAUUAUUGCAGAAGUGACGGAACUCCGAGUGAAGAGUUUGCUGAGUAUAUCAAGCAGAGAGGAUAUGAUCUACACGACGUAAAAGCAUAUGGUCAGAUACUUCAAGAUGCUGGCUUUGACGACGUCAUUGCAGAGGAUCGCACUGAUCAGUUCAUUCGAGUUUUGGAACGUGAACUAAGUACUAUAGAAAAGGAGAAGGAGGAAUUCAUUCGGGAUUUUUCUGCGGAGGACUACAACGAAAUAGUCGAUGGUUGGAAAGCAAAACUAGUCCGAAGCUCCACUGGUGAGCAAAGAUGGGGACUCUUCCUUGCCAACAAGAAGUGAUUAUAAAAUUUAUGUUAUAUUUUGCUGUUUGUUGUUAUCCAUUUGAAAUCAUUUCCAAACGUAACUAGUUGUUUCGAAGUACCUUUCAUUUUCAUUUGAUACGAACAUUUCCUUUUAGAAUAAUUAAACAAUGAGUUUAGAAAACAAUUUCUCAUUCUAUCCACAUUUUAAUUCUCUCU